UGCCCCACCGCCUGCCUCUUAUCCCAGCCCCGCCCUCAACCCAGCCCCCAAUUGUUUCUCUCAGUCCCGCUCGGCCCCUCCCCAAGCUCCGCCCUCCUCCUCUCAGCCCCGCCUCCACCCCUCCCCAGCGGUUUCUCCCAGCUCCUCCCUGCUGGUAUAGCAGCUCUGGGCCCAAAACUCCUGCCUGGUGGCCUCGUCCCACCCCCUUACUCUUCCUCCCUCCGGUUCCUUUUCCUCCUUCCGGUUCUUCGUCCAGGCUGCCAGUCUCGAGGUCCCCUGGCCUUGGCCUGGUUGGCUGGCGCGCAUCAGGGCCGGAUAAAGGGAAUAGCGUCUCCUAGCACCCAGGGCGUGCGUACGUGCGCGAUGUCAGCAGUGCGUGUCCUCGAGAAUGCGAGAUUCAUGUUUGCUGUCUAUAUGCAUGGCUGAGUAAAGAAGCUAAGUGGAAGAGUGUUUCCUCCUCUGGCCGUAAAGCAGGCACUCUCUGCAGCACCAGCUGUCCCCGCCCUACUCUGGACCGCCGCAAAGAUUCCAUGGGAUGGGCCUGAGUCAGCGGAAUCCCAGCGCGUUCCCUUGAGCCUGCUGUGGCGCUGGACAUCAGUGACAGACGGAAGCAGCAGACCAUCAAGGCCACAGGUGGCCCGGGGCGCUUGCGAAGAUGAAGUUUGGCUGCCUCUCCUUCCGGCAGCCUUAUGCUGGCUUUGUCUUAAAUGGAGUCAAGACUGUGGAGACGCGCUGGCGUCCCCUGCUGAGCAGCCAGAGGAACUGUACCAUCGCCAUCCACAUUGCUCACAGGGACUGGGAAGGCGAUGCCUGGCGGGAGCUGCUGGUGGAGAGGUUCGGGAUGACUCCUGCUCAGAUUCAGGCCUUGCUCAGGGAAGGGGAAAAGUUUGGUCGAGGAGUGAUAGCGGGACUCGUUGACAUUGGGGAAACUUUGCAAUGCCCCGAAGACUUAACUCCUGAUGAGGUUGUGGAACUAGAAAAUCAAGCUGUACUGACCAACCUGAAGCAGAAGUACCUGACUGUGAUUUCAAACCCCAGGUGGUUACUGGAGCCCAUACCUAGGAAAGGAGGCAAGGAUGUAUUCCAGGUAGACAUCCCAGAGCACCUGAUCCCUUUGGGGCAUGAAGUGUGACAAGUGUGGGCUCCUGAAAGGAAUGUUCCAGAGAAACCAGCUAAAUCAUGACACCUUCAAUUCGCCAGCAUGAUGUAGACCUGUAUACAUUAGGUUAAAUCUGAAUUUCCACUGCUUUGUAGAGUCCCACCCACUAAGCACUGUGCAUGUAAACAGGUUUCUUUGCUCAGAUGAAGGAAGUAGGGGGUGGGGCUUUCCUUGUGUGAUGCCUCUUUAGGCACACAGGCAAUGUCUCAAGUACUUUGACCUUAGGGUAGAAGGAAAAGCUGCCAGUAAAUGUCUCAGCAUUGCUGCUAAUUUUGGCUCUGCUAGUUUCUGGAUUGUACAAAUAAAUGUGUUGUAGAUGA